UUAGCCACUGACCCAUGAUGAGUCGCAGCCCAGAAAGGAUCUCAUCCUAUCGCCGCCACUUUGAGGACACCAGAACCUCCUCUUACCAGGUGAGGGUCAGCAGCCCUUCUCCUGUCAGACGGGAUGUUGGGAGGUGCCGUUCAGCCAGCUACUCCCGUAAUGCCACGGCUGUGAGAAGCAGCAUGGCAGUGGGCCGGAGGACCAUCUCAUCCUCACGCAGCCAGCCCCUCAUGACUGGUCUCGGAAUGAGGGCCAUCUGUCUUAGAGGAGGGGGUCCAGGGGUCGAUCUUGACCAGGCUGCUGCCGAAAACCGUGAAUUCCUCAGCACACGGACCAGUGAGAGACAAGAAAUGGUUCUGCUCAACGAUCGACUGGCAACAUACAUUGAGAAGGUCCGGUCGCUAGAGCAGCAAAAUAAAUUGUUGGAGACGGAAAUCGAGGCCCUAAAGAAUCGAUUCUUGAAGCCAACUGGCCUGCGCUUGCUGUACGAGGAGCAACUCAAGGAGCUGAAGAGGCUGGCUGACCAGAUGAGAGUGCAGCGGGACCUUGCUAUUGCUGCAAAGGAUGCUAUGGCGGGUCAGUUGGAGAUGAUUAAGAUUAAAUAUGAGGAGGCCUUAGAGAUGAGGAAGAAAGCCGAGCUUGACAUUGAAGCUUUCCGUCCGGACGUUGAUGCCGCCACCUCCGCGCGCAUUGCUUUGGAGAAGCAGCUAGAAAACCUGGAGGUGGAACUAGAAUUCCUUCAAAGAGUACACAAACAGGAAAUCGACGAGCUUAUGAAGCAAAUAUACUCAGCCCACGCCACAGCAAUGGACGUCUACAGUCUCCCCGACCUCUCAGCCGCUCUCAAGCAGAUCCAACACCAGUAUGAUGACAUUGCAGCUAAGAAUUUACAGGAAAUGGAUUCUUGGUACAAAACUAAAUUUGAUGAUCUCAACAACAAAACAACAAAACAUGUGGACACGUUGCGAAGCGUGAGACAGGAAAUUGUCACUGCGAAGAAGGAUAUUCAAAAUAAGGAGCGUGAUUUGGACUCUCUGAAAACCAAAAAUGAGGCUUUGGAAGCACAGAUCCGUGAGACUCAGGAAAAGUACAGAAAAGAACUAGAAGAACUCCAGGCAAGAAUUGAGGCCUUGCAGCUUGAGCUGAAAUCCUCCAAACAGAGGAUAGCGCUCCUCAUGCGUGAAUACCAAGAUCUGCUCAAUGUGAAGAUGUCCCUCGAGAUUGAAAUUACCACAUACAGGAAGCUCAUUGAGGGCGAGGACUCUCGUCUGACUUCCAUCGCACAGAGCAUGCAAACCAUGUCCCUCAUGAGCGGCAGCAUGAGUGUUCACAGUGCUGGAGCCACAGGUGUUGCAGGUGCCCUGGGUGCAGGAGUUGCGGAUACAGUGGGCGGAGGUCUUGCUGGAGGUCUAGGUGGUGGUCCUGCCACAGGUCUUGGAGGAGGCAUUGGUGGUGGCCCUGCCACAGGUAAUGGCGGAGGUCUUGUUAAUGGGAUCACCAGUGGGGUUGGCGGCCCAGGCACCACUGCUGACUACACUCAAGAGCAGGCUGUGGAGAUGACUGAGAGGAAGACUGUGCUUAUCAGAACAGUUAAAACUGAGGAUGAUACGCUGGAGAGCAAUACACAGGAGAAAUCUUAUUCCAUCUCUGGAGCAGCAGAUGAUGAAGAGUAGUGGUGUUUUCUGCUCACCAGUCCUGCCUGCAGAUGCGUGUGCCUUACUACUCAAAUAUCAGCUUGCGUCUUGCACUGCUUGUCCACAAAUGGAAAUA